AAUGAUGAGGCUAAUGCUAAAAUUUGUGUAUUUUAGUUUUUUAAACAUAAACAUUUGACAGAUGUUAAUGUUAUUGUGGGCACACAUAAACACAUGCAUCCUUAUUCUUCAACUUCACAAUCACACCCUUAACCCUUAUCUCAUCUUCUUCAUUUUCAUCUUCACCUUCUGCAAUUUCAACAACCCACAUCAAAAAAAUUUGAUUUUUCCAACACCCUUUUGUUUAAUUUGAUCUUUUCUUCUUCUUUUCUUUGUUGGGUCGUUAAUUAUUUGAUCCGAAGGUUGAAUUGCAGAAGGGUUGUUUAUAUGAUUUAUCUCCUUGAUUCUUCUGUUUCCACCUUUCAUCGGCCAUGAACUGAUCAUCCACUAUGGAUUGUUUGGGCUUCAUCUGCUGCGAGUAUGGAGAUCGAGAGAUUUGUUCCAGUUGCAGUUCUUGGAUAUAUAUCAUCAUGCCAUGCAAAAGAAAUGAUUACUGCAAUGUCUCAAACAUGGAUUCCUCUGAUAUAAACAUAACAUAGUAUGAAGUUCUUAUAGGUUUGGAAUCAUUUGAUUGGUAUGAUAGCAUUCCAAUUAUAGUUGUUAAUAGGUAGCAUAAAUAGUUGAAUACCGAAAUUAGAAGCGUGUAAGGUAGAAUUGUAGUUGUUAGCUGAUGUUGUAGGUCUUACCGUGAUCAUCUGGUGAAAGGGAAAAUAAUGAAAUGAACAUGUAAGACCUUGCUGAGGGAUCACAUUGAUAGUUUGAAGCAAGUUUUUUGUUUUUUUUUUCUUCUUUUUUUAUCGAUUUAGGAAUAUCAACUUCAGUAUUAGUGACUUGUAUUAGAGAUGGGUUUGCCACAAAUACCAUCAAGUGAAGCUGAUGAAAAUGUCGAACUUUUGGGUGUGGUUUCGAGCGGCUCGCCUCAGUUUUCGGAUGCAAACCCCUCUUCUAUAAGCAGCAUGAAUAGUGUAAACACUCAUGGGUGUGCUGCAUGUACCCUUGGAUCCUCAUUUGAAGAUUUCCCCAAGAAUGCCUCAUUAGAAAUGGCAAAUGUUUCUGAUAAGACAUUUUAUGGAGGAGCGAUGGAAGUCACUUCCAAUGUCCACAGUUUGAAGAUCAAUUCAACAGAUAGAAGUAAUCUUUCUGCUUCCAAAACUGAACGAAGGGUUCUUACUCCUGUUUCCAGGGUUGUCGGUUUUGAAUCAGGCAGAACAAGUUCUUUAACUGACGGAAUCGCUGAAGUUCCGGUAGCAAAUCUUCAUUCUUCUUUUGGUAGUAUCUCAUCCAAUGACACCGAAUCUGCCACUUCAUUGGUCAGGAAGCGACUUUUAUCUCCACUGAGCAGUAUGCUCUCCCCGAGUCAUUUCAAAGGCGAUUCUCUUGACAUAGGAUGCAGAAAUAAUGAGGCUUUCUCCCUUGUUAAGAAUGAUAAUGUUAGAAAGUCCACUGCACAAGAUAAUAAGAAGGCAAAUAUUGGAUGUAAAAGCAGUUAUACAAUGCCUUCUUGGUCCUUAUCAAAUUGCUUUGAGCAGAAAAACAUGGCACAGAGUAGAGAAUCCAUUUUUCAAACUGAUGGUCCUUUGCUUGAAAAUAGAGGCUUCAUAUCCCAGGGUAGUUCACCAACUCUUAAAAUUGAACACUUAAGAGAAUCAAGUGUUGUGGUCAGACCUCAAAGUGGCGUAAUAUCUGUAUCACCGGUGAGCUCUCCUCUUUCGUUGUCACCUCUCGGUCCUAGAUUUCCUGAAAGAAUGAAAAUGGCCGCAGGAUGCAAGAGUGUCACCGAAGAGAUAAAGAAUUGCAAUAUAACUUUAAGCAGUAUAGAAGAAUCACUAGAGAAUUCUAAUUCAUGUGAUAUUUUAGGUCAUAAAGAUGAUGAUUUAAAAUUUUCACGUAAAUCUUUUGAAGAUGUUGAAUUCUCCUUCAAAGAUUUCUGUCCAUCUUCUCUGGAUGACUUUUCUUACAUGAAUUGUCCACGUUCUCUAGAAUCAACACCCAUUUCUAAUUCUGCAAGGUUCACUAGAAGUUUGAGUGGACUUUCAGUCAGAAGGUCUUUGGUUGGUUCAUUUGAGGAGUCUCUUUUAUCUGGCCGGUUUGUUUCUGGAAACCAUACUAAGAAAAUCGAUGGUUUUCUUGCUGUGUUAAGUAUUUCUGGGGGAAACUUCUCUCCUAAAUCACAGAAGCUUCCAUUUUCUGUUACUAGUGUCGAUGGAGAUUGCUAUCUAUUGUAUUAUGCAUCCAUAGAUCUUGCGGGAAAUUCUUUAUCAAAUAGGUUUGGAGGCCAACUUCUCAAACGAGGGAUUAGAAAAGAUGAUUCACAAAUGGUCAAAAGCCGUUUCCGUAUACCAAUGAAAGGAAGAAUUCAGCUGGUGCUAAGCAAUCCAGAAAAGACUCCUCUUCACACAUUCUUUUGCAACUAUGAUUUGAGUGACAUGCCAAUUGGUACCAAAACAUUCUUGCGCCAGAAAAUUACUCUCGAGUCUUCCUGCUCAAUUUCCCCUCAGUCAAAAAAUGGUUCAACCGGUUUGGACAGUGGAAAUGACAAAGGGAUUCCAAUAGUACAAAAGAAUCAUGACAACCCGUGUAGUGGGGAAGUAAUGCACACCGAUGCAGUUGAUGAUGUAAUUAAAACAAAGUCUACAAAUCAGAGAAACACAAAGGUUUCUAGCUUGGAGAAUUUUCUAAACAAAGAGGAUUCUUCCAAGCACUCACCAGACCAUGGAAGUUUAACUGAUGAAUGUGAGAGGAAUGAAAGAAAGGAGUCUUGGGAGAAAACAUGUGAUGAAUCAGGGAAAUCAUUAAAUUCCUGUUCAAAGAGUUCUAACAGUGCUGGCCCACUUCGUUAUGCUCUCCACCUUCGCUUUAUCUGCCCUUUUCCUAAAAAGACCAGUAGAUCGGCUCAAAAAUGCAAAUUAAGUUCUCUUCCAGAAAAAGCUGGAUUGGACAUGGAAGGGGAACGGAGAUUCUACUUGUGUAAUGAUUUAAAGGUUGUGUUUCCUCAGCGUCAUUCAGAUGCCGACGAGGGAAAGAUGAAUGUGGAAUACCAUUUCCCUGAAGAUCCAAGAUACUUCGCCAUCAACUGAAAAUUCUACUUUAUCCCCCCUCUUCAAAAGCAUGAUGCUUUUUCUGACCCUCUUUGUACAUAGUUACAUGCUACUGGCCUUUACUUGAGGCCAUUCCCCUGAAAAACAGCACUGACCCUCUUGCUCCUGUAAAUACUUCAACAAUGUCAAUAAUUUAAUGGGUUAACUAUUGUCAAAUGCUUAAAUAAUUUAUCACUUAGCAUGAAAAGUGAUGUUGAAAUGCUUUGUGGAACUUGAUUUUUGCAUCCUUUGAAUUAUUUUCUAGGCGGAACCAGCAUUGUAAGAUGUGCAUUAUAAUUUUAAAAGAUUAUAUUGGCAUAAAAAA